AUACCCCAAACCCCUCUCUCCCAGAUAUGGCGACAACUUAAAAAUUGCAUACAAGAAACACUUGAAAACCGCUCCAUGAAAAUGGCAGCCAUAUCCACUUGCUUCUUCACUGUAUCGCCCAAGUCCAGGUACAAAUCUUACUUCACCACCAUCUCUGCCAAACCCACUUUCCAACUUCGCCGACAGGCGUCUCUCCUUUCUUUCCAUAGCUUUAAACUUCGUCGCAGCUGCAAUAGAGCCCGUGCUGCUGUAAUUAGGGCUAGUAUUGAUGUCACCACGUCCUCGAUUCGGCCCGGAGGCGCUGUUGAGAGCGAUAAGCUCCCGGCCGAUUUACGGAAGCGUGCCAUGGACGCCAUUGAUUCUUGCGGACGGAGGGUCACUGUUGGUGACGUGGCAAGCAAAGCUGGGGUUCAAUUCAAUGAAGCUCAGAAAGCUCUUCAGGCCCUAGCGGCCGACACUGAAGGCUUCUUGGAGGUAUCCGAUGAAGGUGAUGUUUUAUAUGUUUUUCCAAAGGAUUAUCAUUCGAAGCUUGCAGCUAAAUCAUUUAGUAUAAGGAUUGAACCUCUUGUAGAAAAAGCAAAGCUGGGAGCUGAAUAUCUAGUGAGAGUCUCGUUCGGAACGGCGCUAAUUGCUUCCAUUGUAGUGGUGUAUACCACUAUAAUUGCAGUCCUUUCAAGUAGAAGUGAUGAAGACAAUCGAGGAAGACGUAGCAGAUCUUAUGACACUGGUUUCACUUUUUAUUUCAGUCCAACCGAUCUGUUCUGGUAUUGGGAUCCAUAUUACUAUCGGAGGCAACGAUUAAGGGAAGAUAGUGGAGACAUGAACUUCAUUGAAUCUGUUUUUUCCUUCGUAUUUGGGGAUGGUGAUCCAAACCAGGGAAUUGAAGAAGAAAGGUGGAAGUUGAUUGGAGAAUACAUUGCAUCAAAUGGUGGUGUUGUAACUGCUGAAGAAGUUGCUCCAUAUCUUGAUAUAGAGACUACUGACAAAGUGGAUGAAGAUUCCUACAUAUUACCAGUGCUUUUGAGGUUUGAUGGUCAGCCAGAAGUAGAUGAAGAGGGAAAUAUCCUAUACAGGUUUCCAUUGCUACAGCGGACUGCUGCUCCCCAAAGAAGUGGAAGGAAGGAAUAUAUAGGAAGAAAAUGGUCUGAUUGGGUUGGUGGUGAGAAAUUCUUUAAGGAAAACAAGUGGAGGUUUAGUAAAACCAGCAGUUCGGAGAGGGCAAUGGUCAUUGGCUUGGGUGGGCUCAAUCUAUUUGGAGUUAUUUUUCUUGGUACAAUGCUGAAGAGUAUGACAGUUUCACCAAGUGGUUUCAUCUCGUUUGUGCCUGACAUAUUUCCCUUGCUUCAGAUUUAUGCUGGCUCUUUCUUUGCAAUUCCUUUGGUUCGAUGGUUUUUCGUUCAAAGAACAAAUGCUAAGAUUGAAAAGCGAAACAAAGCAAGGGAACAACGUGCUCGGGCACUUGAAUUGCCUGAUCUCUCUCUUAGGCGGAAGAUUUUGAGUGCCAGGGACAUGGCGCAGAGAAACUACAUUGGAAAAGAGCGGAUUGUGUACAGUACAGACAAGGACUUGUACGAUCAGGAUUAUGAGGGUCGUGAAUGGGAUAGAAGAUUCCGCGAGGUAGAGAAGUCAGACUGAAUCAAUCUUUUGUUGGUAACAUGUGCAAUCAAGAAGAAAAGGAGGAGGCCUGGAGAGGGAGUGGUAUAUUGUAGAAAGUUGUGAUUGAGGGAGGCUAAGCUGGAAGUAAUCAAUCUGUUGUCGAUUUUUCAUAUCAUUUAUCAACUGCAGAGGUGUAUGUAAUUUAUGCAUUCUUAGGCCAAACAAGAAGUAAUCCAGUUGUUUAGCCUGUUGUUCGGUGUCUACUAAUAAAAUCGUCUCUUAACAUGAUUUUCUGCA